AUGCGCCCCACGACGUUCGUUACGGCCCUCGCCGCCGCCGCCCUCACCACCCCCGUCACCGCAACCCCCCAACGCGGCCUCAUCUAUAUCCCCAACAGCGCGCACCCCACCGACGACACCAUCUGGACCUCGGGCAGCAGCAGCCUAACCUGGUACUACAAUUACGGCGUCACGCCCAGCGCCUCUCUAUCCUCGACCUCCCUCUCCUUCAUCCCCAUGCUCUGGGGCGACCCCAACCCCGCCGACACGUCCGCCGCCUCCGCCGUCGCCGCCUUCGCCGCCUCCAUCUCGGCCCAGAUCUCCGCCGGCGCAGCACUCACGCACGUCCUCGCGUUCAACGAGCCCGACGGCUCCAGCAGCACGGGCGGCAGUGGCAUCGCGCCCGCGCGCGCGGCCGCGCUCUGGCAGGCGGGCGUCAAGCCGCUGCGCGAGAAGGGGCUGAAGGUGGGCGCGCCGGCCGUGACCGGGAGUCCGAGCGGCUUGGUAUGGUUAGAGAAGUUCUACGCCGCGUGCAACGGUGGCUGUGAACCGGAUUUCUUGCCUCUGCAUUGGUACGGCAACUUUGAGGGCUUUGCGAGUUUUCUCGGCCAGGUGGGCGCCACGUACCCCGGUGUCGAGCUCUGGGUUACGGAGUUUGCGUGGGAUCACCAGGAGCUGGGCGCUAGUGAGGCGUUUUUUAAUCAGAGCACCACGUAUAUGGACGGCUUGGCGAAUAUCGCCCGCUACGCGUACUUUGGCUCUUUCCGCACCGACGCCAGCAAUAUCGGCCCCAAUGCCGCGAUGCUGAGCUCGAGCGGCAAGCUCACCCGCAUUGGGGCGUGGUAUCUGGAGAGCGGGGGCGAGGCCUCGGCUGCGCUGCCCGCGGUUAGGCCGUCGUUGUGCUGGGUGGCGGGGCUGGUGGUCGCGGUGGCGCUGACGCUGGCGUGA